AUGCGCGUAAUAUUGUCAGUGGUGCUGUUCCUUAUAGCCAACGCAUGGCUUUGUCACGCCAACUUGAAUCGACCGGGCUGGUAUUUGAAAUGGCGUCUCGACCAGCAAAAGCAUGAACUUGCUAUGCAAACCUUUGAACAAGUGGAUGCAAAGUACGGGCCAUUUUACUUUGAUCAGCCUAUUGAUCACACCGACCCUUCAGCUGGUACCUUCAAGCAUCGAUAUUGGGCGAAUACCGAUUGGUAUCAACCUGGAGGUCCCGUCAUUUUGUAUAAUGCUGGUGAGCUUCCAGCUGAUUGGCGUGCUGGCUAUGUCACCAACUCUUCCAUGGCUAUGCUUGCUGAGGAGUUGAAUGGUAUCGUCAUUGUUAUGGAACAUCGGUGUUAUGGUGAAUCGAUGGUUGCGGAGGAUUAUUCAGCAGAGAAUUUACGCACACUCAAUACCGAUCAAGCACUAGAGGAUAUGGCCACCAUCAUUCGCGAGAUUAAAUUGCCAAACUUGGAUGUGGACCUUCCACCUGCUCCAGAGACCAAAUGGAUCGUGUAUGGUGGCAGCUACAGCGGAAACCUCGCUGCAUGGAUGCGUUAUCGAUACCCUGAUAUUGUUUUUGCAGCUGUGCCAUCAUCGGCACCCGUUGAAAUGCGAUACAACUUUCAUCAAUAUUUUGAAACCAUUCGCCGUUACGCCCCCACGCAUUGUGUUUCAUCCAUUCAGCAGGUUGUACGCUACGUUGAUCAUAUUAUUUUCAGCCCUUUCAGCGAACCAAAGCAACGUAUGAAAGAAACAUUUGGAUUACAGGAUCUCGCGCACGAUGAUGACUUUGCAGAAACACUAUCGUUCCCACUUGGACUUUGGCAAGAGAUGACACCCACUGAGAAUCCAUUUGUUGAUGAAUUUUGUACUAUCUUUGAAGGCAAGAACAGCUUGCAUGAGCGUGUUGAAGCAUAUGGCAACUACAUUGCCAAUUUGGUGAAUACCACAUGCAAGGAUGCACCUUCCAUUAACGCAUGUUUGGAUACGCAUGAUCCUCGAUCCGAAAUGUACAUGGACACCAAAGCUCCCUUCCGUGCUUGGUUUUGGCAAAUUUGCACUGAAUACGCUUAUUGGCAAACCGCAAAGCCCAUCUGGCACCCAUCCAUGGUAUCACGUAAGCUCACCACGGACUGGUAUCAACGCCAAUGCCCAUUCUUGUUUGGCGAGCACAAUGUUCCUUUCCGCCCUGAAUGGCGCCGCAUCAACAAAGAAUACGAAGGAUGGCAUCUUCGAUUAUCACGAACCAUUUGGCUUGAUGGUGAAUGGGAUCCAUGGCGCACACUUUCUGUUAAUAGUGAUGACGCUCCCGAUCGUACGCAUUGGCAUGAUAAUGCUCACUUUCAAGUGUUGUCAGAAUCGGUGCAUCAUUGGGACUUUUUCACGACAAAUAGCACAUCCGAUGAGAUCAAGGAGUUGCAUCAAUUUAUGGUCACCAAGUUCAAAGAAUGGUUGAAUGAAUCAAAUGAAAGCUCCCCAAUGAUAAUGAAGUACCAACAAUAA